UAAAGUUUUACAACGGGGCCUCAAAGAUCUCCGUGUGGUCACGGGAAAAGGAACUGAGGGGGAAAACUUGAGCACAGAAAAACUUUCUAGUUCAACUUCUUCGCUUCACGCGAGUACCUUGCGUUGACUGACUAUUGUUAUUGUUGUGUUGUUCCAUGACCAGCACAAAUGGGGCGUGGCAAUUGGCAACUGUGUAGUUCUUACAUAGAUAGGAGUACCUGGUUGUUGCUGUUGGUUUGUCUACAUAAUACAAAGUACUUUAGUCCGUCUUCAGCCCUGACACGGCGUUUGUUUUGUUAUCGAUCACCGCAGCCUGCAGACCGCCAUUAGCCACGCAGUUUCAGCCUGAUCCAUCAAACGACCAUCCAAGAAUGCGCUACCGUACGCUCGAGAUACGGUGGCACGACUCGAAGCCAAUCUCGACAUGCGACUUCCAGCCAAUUCCAUUUAAAAAAGCGCGUCCUUCCCAGGAGAAGAACUUUGCUUCCCAAUCGUACAAGCUUGCAACUGGCGGAGAGGACAACCAUGUCAGGAUCUGGAUGGUACAUCCGAAUAUCUUGCCGCCAACCUUGGUAGAAACUGAGAACGCGACCGUUACACGCCCACCUCGCGUUGAAUAUCUCGCGACGCUAAGCCGUCAUACAGCGCCAGUUAACGUAGCGCGCUGGUCGCCCAACGGAGAAUUAAUUGCAUCAGCGGGCGAUGAUGGCAUGAUCAUAAUAUGGGUGCAGUCGAGCACACCACCACCUGCUACGUAUUCAGGGGAUCUAUCUGCUGAGGACCUGCAGUAUGAAAAAGAGUUUUGGAAACCGCGCACGACUUUCAGAUGCACGACAAUGCAGGUCUAUGAUCUUGCCUGGAACCCAACGGGAGAAUACAUCUUGGCAGGUAGCACGGACAACUGUGCUCGUGUAUUCACAGCUGCUGAUGGCAAAUGUAUACAUGAAAUCGCCGAACACAACCACUACGUACAAGGUGUUGCAUGGGAUCCAUUGAACGAGUAUAUCGCAACCCAAAGCAGCGACAGGUCGAUGCACGUGUACAAAGUUUCCACGAGACAAGGUUCUUUUGAUGUUCACGCUGUGGGAAAGAAUACGCGUCUGUCCUACAAUCACAGCCGGACGCCCAGCUCCCAAAGCCGCGGAAAGAGCAUUCGGCGUGAAUCUGCCAGCGAUGUGGAGUCAGUCACCACCGGUUCUGGGGAUCACAAGGAGGACGCCCUGUGCUCCACAAGCCAGGGAAACUAUGCACCUCCAACACCUGCUACUUCUGUCGCCAGCACCCCGUCUACCAUGUUCCCACCACCUAACGUCGAAUGGCCACCGUCCAGGCGAUCCUCGUUUAGUGGAUCGAAUGCCCCGUGCUCGCCUUCUCAUCUCUCAAGAUAUGGGAGGUCCCCAUCACCUAUGCCCCCUCUUCCUGCGAUCCGUGCGCUUCCUUCGCCGGCUUGGUCGACUAUCAAGCUAUACGGAGACGAGGGCUUCACUAACUUCUUUAGACGUUUGACAUUCAGUCCUGACGGUGGUUUACUCUUGACUCCAGCCGGUCAAUUUGAGGACCCGUCAUUCCCGCCAGAGCCCAAAAAGGCCGAAGGAACACCUAAGAAGAAGACCUCUCGAUCCUCGGACACCGCCAGCGAGUCUAGCAAUCCCAAUUCUGGGUCGUCGGUGUUCAUCUAUUCACGUGCUAAUUUCGCUCGGCCCCCCAUAGCUCAACUUCCUGGUCACAAGAAAGCGAGCGUGGCGGUUCGCUUUUCCCCCAUUUUAUGCGAAUUACGUAGCGGUGUUAGUGGCUCCGAAGGAAUUGGGGAGGCUAAAACGAUCAACUUGGAAAAGAAGGAAGGCAAGAUUGUAGUUGACAUCCUCGGGAAGAGCCACGAUGCACCACCCCCGCGCGCGGAAGAUAGUCUAUCAGCAGCGUCUGUUGCUCCCCUGUCCGCUGACGCCCAAUCCACGGCAGCGCUGUCAACUACUCUUCCACCAAGGCAACUAACACCCUCCCAGCUGUCUAGGCCCUCGACAAGCACUGCUCAAAGCACAGGCUCGGUCUUUGCAUUACCUUAUCGUAUGCUUUACGCCGUCCUGACUAUGGAUACGAUCGCCAUAUAUGAUACACAGCAGAGUGGACCAAUUUGCCUACUCACCAAGUUGCAUUAUGAUGAAUUCACGGACAUAACAUGGUCGCCAGAUGGCCAGUGCUUGAUCUUGUCGUCUAGAGAUGGUUAUUGCACGAUCAUCAUAUUUGACGAGAUUUUCCCUGCGCACCAUACACAACAAUCCACGCUUCAACUUCAGUCCAUUGCACAGCAUAACUUUGUACCACUUACGGUAUCGUCUACUUCGUCAAACAGUAGUUCGGCACUGCCCAUCAUUUCUGCACCAACUGUCCCAGCCAAGCGGACCGAGUCAUUUGCAGUGAAUCUGCCAAGCCUUGACAACCCACAAGUGAACCCUCCCCCUGUUUCUUCUGCCACUGGAGGCGCGGUGGAGAAGAAACUCGACGACGAGCGACCUCCGAAGAAAAAGCGCCGUCUUGCCCUGACACACGUGGGGGAUAUUGAAAGCAUGAUAUAGGUUUGGCGACAGCAAUCACGCGUAUUCUGUUGAACGAUUUUUUACUUUAUGACUAGUCUAAUCUCAUCGGUGGAAUUUCCAGCGACCCCGAUUUCUUCUGUGCACGUUUAUUUAUGUUUUGCGAGCCGUCUCCGGCGUGCA